CCCCCCUCUCUCCUCAGACUCCCCCCGCCUGUCCUCCGCCUCCAUCAGCAGUAAUGAGCGCGCUCCGUCGGCCACGCCCUCCGACUCCUCCGACCGCCGCCCGGUGAGCCUGAUCUCAACGCUGUCUUCGGGCUCUGCAUCCUCCCGAGACGACAACCUCGUCCCUCCGCCGUCCGGCCAAACCCCCGACAUUGACCUGGACCUGAGCCCUGCGGGGGGCGCCGGCGAGGGCGAGGGGGGGUCGUGGCCACGCCCUGAGGUUGACGAGAGGGGGCGGGGCCCCGGCCUCAUACACAACAACAACAACAAUAAAGAGUCGACGCAGAGUCGAGCCUCCAGCCGCCGCCAGCAGACGUCACCGUUUAAGGCCGGAAGCAUGGCGCCGAACCCUCAGCUGACCUACCUGGACCGCGUCGUCAUGGAGAUCAUCGAGACGGAGAGGAUGUACGUCAGAGACCUUCGCAUGAUCGUAGAAGAUUAUCUGGCUCAUAUAAUCGAUCAGUGUGAUUUAUCGAUCCGUCCUGAGCAGGUCUGCUCUCUGUUUGGAAACAUUGAGGACAUCUACGAGUUCAACAGCGAGCUGCUUCAGGCUCUCGACCUGUGUGACAACGACCCCGUCGCCGUCGCCAGGUGCUUCGUUAUGAAGAGCGAGUACUUUGAGAUCUACACACAGUACUGCACCAACUACCCAAAAUAUGUGCGUCUUGUAGACGAAGUGUUCCCCGCGGCGUUUGGUGAUGAGCAGCAUGCGGUCGAACAGGAACAGCGUUCUCUCGUUUUUAGCUCGAUGAACUUUGAAGGUUCCCUCCAGAACCAGUUCUCCGUACGUGAGAGAGAGAGAGAGUCUAUUUCGCAGUCAGCCACCAGGGGGAGACAGAGAGAGAUGAAACCGAUCAGAAACCGAUCAGGAGUGUUUGACGUCCCGCAGCACUCAGACAGUGACGGGGGGGCACCUGGGGAGCGACGCUUGCUGCAGCCCGCCACCAGCAGCAGCACGUUGGGCGAGUCUUGGCGUGAUGAAGAGGAGAAGGAGGAGCUCUGUAGCAGGAAGGACUCACUGGAGCGACUGGCCUGCAGUGAGGAAGACGAGGAGGAAGAGGUGGCGAGGUUGUCUCGUCAGCGGUCCCACAGGACGGCGGCGGAAGACAGCGAGCCGGACGACAUUCUGACGGAGGAUGAGCAGGUAGACGACUUCGCUAGCUCCGUGCUGGCCGCCAUCUCGUGUUGGCACUACAGGGCGCAGGCUCUGCUCUCUACGGAGGUUGCCAUGGUGACGGAGGCGGAGGCAGGCAGCAUCUCCUCUAACGGCUGCAACAAAGAAAGCAGACACCUUCUGGAAGAAGACGAGCCAGAAGGAACUGAACCGACAAAUGAGCGGUUAAAUAACAGCCGAGUGGACGACUCGCAGGCCUCCACACAUAAGCUGCCACAGGAGACGAUGUCAGAGUCUGAGCCAGCAGAAAUCCCUGAACCAGAACCCUCCUCUGAUCUGGACAGUUUGCCUCCCAGGAUCUCAACAUCUUCUAAAUUGUCAGAAGAAGUGAGACUUGAAAGAGAUCCAGAGCCCACAGAGCAACCAUCCUCUGCCACACCUGAUUCAGAUUCAAAGACCUUGAGCAGUGCAGAAUCCUCUGAGGACGAGGAGGAUGUGAAGGAGGCGGCAGAGAAAGAGGGUAAAGCCACCAGCAUCCUUCCUUCCUCUGUCCUGGACAAAGCCAGCACGAUCGCCCAGCACUUCACCAACAGCAUCAAACGGGGCAGCCUGGGCCAGGACGACACCCAUUCCACUGGCUGCACUUCACCACGGUUACCCAGCAGGACCGGCAGCAGCCUCAGUCUCAGUGCUGAACCUGCCAACCGUCCUGUCGGGAUCAACAGUGUCUCUUCUGAUGCCGGAGAGACCUUCGGGGUGGCAGAUCUGACCCUCCUGUCUCCUCGGGACGACAGCCUCUUUGACGCCGAUCGAGGCAUUCGGCGAAGGCGAGACUCCACUCUGUCCAAGCAGGACCAGCUGCUCAUCGGCAAAAUUAAGAGUUACUAUGAGAACGCUGAGAGCCAGGAUGCCACCUUCAGCCUUCAGCGCAGAGAGAGCCUGACAUAUAUCCCGUCUGGGCUGGUCAGGAGCUCCGUCAGCCGGUUCAACAGCAUCCCAAAGGAGGAAACUGUCCAGACAAACCCCUCCACCUCGACCACAUCCUCCAGUCUUGACCCUAUUUCAGCAGAGCUAAACUUAGAUACCAGGGGUUACAUGGUCUCUAGUGACUCUUUGGACUCUUUGAAGUCUGAUCUGAGAAGCACAGAUCCAGAAGAUUCAGGAGAAAGCCACAGGUCCAGAUCUCAAAGCAUUCAGGACAAUCCAUCUGAGGACGAAGAGUUCAGACCUUCAUCUGAAAUGAUCAAGAUCUGGCAGUCAAUGGAGCGAGGGAUCACCAGAUCCCAAAGUGAAGACAAAGGCCGAUAUCGAGAAGCUCCAAGAAACUCCAGAGUGACCAACGUCAGCCUUUCUGACACAACAAAGACCCCAAACAAGAGCUGUGACCAAGAGAGUGGAGCGUCUGAUCUGAGCACCAUCACAGAGGAAUCCACGAGUCCUUCACCCCUCAAGCACAAAGACACCAGUGUGAAUCGGACAGGAAGUCUGAAGGACUCACUGAAGGUUUUUGGGGAGGAGGCUGUCCUCCUCAGGGUUCCAGUUCCUCGGGUCGUGCAGCUGAAGGCUGAGGAGGAAAGGCCUAACGAAAACCUAAACCAGCUGGAUGACUUAGACAAGACCAAGAGCAAAGUCCUCCAUUUGGCUCGCCAGUACAGUCAGCGAAUCAAAACAACCAAACCAGUGAUCCGACAGCGGAGUCAGGGUGUCCUGAUCAGCAAGAAGAGCUUACCUUGUGUGCUGGAGGAGAAGGAUAGUACUGCAGGUUUGUCUUAUUCUCGUCUGCUCCAUCAAAGAUCAACAGAGCAGUUUCCUGUUUCCCAGUUUUUGCUGCUCUUUUUUUAUAGAAAUUUGCUGAAUUUCACAUUCGAUUUUAUUUGA